ACUCGCUCCGUCAUUCUCCUCACCGUAACUGCUUUCAUCCGAUGGCUUACGAACUUUUUCCCUUUCUAAUUUUGAAAUGGAUUUUAAAAAUCCUUGUCUAUUUUGUGCACCAGAAAAAACAUAUACAUGCAUUGAAAAAGACAUGGUUGAAGGGAAAUGAUCGAUUGAGGACUCAAUUGUGGCUGGAAGGCAAAAUUCUGCAAAAAUCAAAGGAAUUUGGGGAAAUUUAAAGGGUUAAAGGUUGCAGUAGAGUGGUCAUGGAUCGGCUCAGUGCUUCUGCACGUCCCAUAAUAGUUUCUGAUCUUGAUCAUACAAUGGUUGAUCAUCAUGAUGUUGAGAAUGUAUCCCUACUCUGCUGCUACAUAUAUCAUGCCAGGUGGAAAUAAAAAGUCCCUGCUAGUUUGGAGUGUUGGCUGAUGGUUUAACUUGAGUAUAGGUAUACAUAGAAGUAUAUAGCUAGCAUUUAUUGGGAACAUUAGGAAAGCAAAUUUAUCCUAAAAUAAUAAACUGAUAAAGUGAAGAAAACUUUUAGAUUAAAUUCCUGUACCUAGAACCAGUACUAGGACUAAGUUACAUUUUACUUUGAUUGGAACCUAUUGACAUUUUUGCACCAACUUUUAUUAUUUUUCUUUAUCUAAUGUAUCUACUACGAAAUGCUGUUUCCACUUUUCAUUUCUUGUUGGAAUACUUUAUGAUCUAUGUUCAGAAAGAACCAUCGUUUUUAAUUCUUCUUUCUUCAAGAUCCAUCUGGGAAAAAAGUUUUGGGUUUGGGUGGAUUGUGUAUUAUCUACACAGAUUGGUGAGAUUUCUUUAUAUGUUCUUCUAUAUCUGCUCAAUCUUCGCAUCUUUUCAAUUUAAACUAAGAUGUCAUAUCUGUCCUAAUUUAUUUACCUUUCUUGCAUUCAUCUCUCUGUGGAUAUAUGGUAGUAAAUGUCUCUAACUUGGAAGACCACUAAUAGGAAUUUGCAUGUGAACUUAAUGGCUUUGAGCCCUUGAUUUCUAUUUUAGUAUAUUUAUAUAGAGACCAAUCCAUGGGUGUUUCUUAAUCUGAUAAAUGCUGCUUUAGGGCAAAAGAUUGUUUUAAACCUUAUCAAAGACUUGGAUGUCAUAGCAUUUCAAGAAUCCCAAGACUACAGUCCCAAGGUUUAACUUGUCAUACAAAUGCUUCAUUUUACAUAUUUUCUUUAGGCAAAAAAAAAUUUUCAAAUCCAGAUAUUAGCUGUACUUAGGGCUGUUACUAACAGUUAGCUUUUCAACUGACAUUCUUGUGCUGACUUUUAUAGGUAAUAUGCAGUGCUGUUAUGCAACCACUGGAAAGAUGAGUUCUAAGGAGGGCGAGGGUUCCCAUGGGUUUACUUGGAUGCAUGUACAACAGACAUAGCUGUAAGGAUUAAAAAUGAAAGACCAUUCAGCCUGGCUAUUCUAAAUAGAUAUUAGAUUUUAUUCCUGACAUUUCCGGCUCCGGAGUAUUUAGUAUUCAAUUGAAGUAAAUGUCCUCUAGAUGUUAAUAUUUCAUUUUUUAUGUAUAAAACUAUAUACAUAGUCACAAGAUACUGAAAUCAUUCCCUUUGUAACUUUUAUUAUUAUUUGUUUAGGGUUUGAACUAAGUUCUCAAACUUAAGGUGGGUAUGAAUAAAUUAAUUACAUUUCA